CUUCUACAACAAUUAUUAACACAACACGAAUAACUGUAUCGGAAUUAAUAAGUUUUUGUUUACAUUUCGUUUUCGUGAUUAAUUUUUCACAAUUUUCCGCCCAAUGGACGAAUCUGAAUUAUUGUUUAAUCUUUUUUAUUUAUUGCUAUGUAUGUGCAUUAUAUAUCCACCAGAAGAAUUUCAACGGUUAGGCCUAACAAUUGAACAAUUAUUCUCCCGUUUGCUUGGUGAAGAAUAUUUAAACUUUGUUCUUUAUCAUAAAAAAAGGACAUCAUUAAAUCUUUUUGUGCAUAGCUGCUUACCGGCAUUAUAUUUUUUAAUACAUCGUUUUAAGUUUUCGGUUUUCAUGGAGCCAGAAUUGGAAAAAGAAUCGGAGUUAGAUCCAGACUUUCCGAUGCCUCAAGAGGCCAAGGCAUUUAAAACAUUAACCUGGAAAGUUGCGCAAAGAUUCAGUUUGAUGGCAAUUUUAGUGGUGCCAGCGUUAAUUUUCAACUGGUAUCAACAGGAUUGGAAACGACAUCCUAUCUCACAGACUCUAUUAAAAUUUUCUAAUGUGCCGCAUAGCAGCAUAACGGAAAUUAUCUCGGACAUUGGCAACGAAUUCCGUCGACCCAAUAUUUAUAAGAAAAAGUUAAAUUUUAUAUCAACUGUAAUUACAACUGAAAAUUGGAUAAUCAAGACAUCGUUAUAUAAUGUAUAUUUCGCCCAUCAAAGUGACACAACCUUAAGUGUAGCAAAGACGGAGACUUAUAACGUAUCGGCAGAUAAUACGGACACACUCCAAAUGGUUAGCAUUGUAGUAAAACCGAAUCGUGUCGGUGUUCCUGAUUUUCAUAUACGCAUCAAUGCACUUGAAUUUCGUAACCUCGAAGAACGUAUAACCAGACCAAUUGUAAUACCAUCGAAUAUACAGUUUCAUCGCAAUGUUAUCGAUCGAUUUAUUGAUGUAUUUAAAGAACAAGUUACCCAUAAUCCAAUAUAUAAACCGGAUCGUAUCGCAGAGAAAUGUUUGGGUUGUAUGAACGAAGAGCCGAACAUUAAAAUUCAUAAACAAUGCGAAGAUAUUGAUCGGGAUGGACAGCCAUUAUUGAGUGAAAAUUGCUGUUCAAAUUGCUAUUGUCGACCUAUGUGGUGCGUGGAAUGCUUGGCGCGUUGGUUUGCCGCUCGACAAAACGAACACGAUCGUGAAGUGUGGUUAGAACAAAAAUGCACUUGUCCUAUGUGUAGAGCGAAAUUCUGUUUACUCGAUGUAAGCUAUAUAGAAAAAUCAAAUAAUACAACCGUUGGAGGUUUAAAUGAUCCUGAUGACAUGCGCAUAUGACUUUAGUCUACCUAAUCAAUGCAAUCAUAUGUCAACUUAUUUAAUUAAACAAAAUACGAUGAAAGCUGUGAGCAAAAAAAAGUUCAUUCAUUUUUUUUUUUUGUUUUUUUUUUUUUUUUUAAUAGCUCUUUAAAAGAUUUUUAUAAACUAAAAAAUACACAAGAAUACUUCCGUUUUACAUGAGGUCUUUUACUGUUAACUUGUUGAUUUAAUAACAAACAAACAUCUGUACUCAUAUUCAUUAUUGCAUUAAAGAAAAACGAAUAUAAUUCUAAAAGUACACAAUCUUUACAUUUUACAUUUUAAGGCAAAAUUUUUUCUUAUA